AUGUCAAAAGCCCCAUUCUUAAUGGCUGAUGCCAUGAAUAUCGAUUUAGAAGUCCUAGCUCUUACAAUUGGUGUUGACCGCACAUCUCAACUGUCCCAAACUUCGCAUGAUGCAAUUCACGCUUUAUUAGGCAAUCUCAAGCCUGAACUGCACAAAUUUUUUAUAUUUAUACGUGAUUCUCUUAUAACAUACGUUCAAAAAUUCGGAACUAGGGCUUCAGGGAUACGUUUGGGAGUAUCUAGCUACAUUUUAGAUACAAUUCUUGAAGCUUCUGACAACAAUUUUGUAUAUUAUCCAUCCUCAGAUUCACUAGCCCAAGGCAACGCUCUUUCAGAGUCUGAUCUUCAAUUUUCUCCUGAAGGAAGAAGACUUUAUUCACGCGAAUUUAAAAUAAAAGUGGUCACUGAGUAUUUGGCUAACAGAGACCUGAACGCAAUAGCUAAAAAGUUUGGGAUUCAGCAGGCUCAUCUAAGUAGCUGGAUUUUUAAGUUUUGCAAAGGGGAUGAGCUGGCGAAUAAUAGAGGAAGAAUAUCAAAAAAGAACAAAAAUAUUUUUGUAACUAAGAGGGAUUAA